AUGGAAAAAUCCCACUUAUGCACUCUUUGGUAUGGAACUAGAUCCCAUCCUUCCGAGCUAACAGCAGGGUUCUAUAACACGGCUAAGGGGGACGGGUAUGAGCCAGUGGCCGAGUUGUUUGCUAGGAACUCGUGCAAAAUGAUACUACCUGGAAUGGACCUGUCCGAUGCAUACCAGCCAAAUGAAACCCGUUCAAGCCCUGAGUUGCUUCUUGCACAAAUCAUGGCAGCUUGCAAAAAGCAUGGCGUGCAAGUUCUGGGAGGUUUUGAACAAAUCAAGAAGAAUUUAGGUGGAGAUAAUGUAUUGGACUUGUUCACAUAUCAAAGAAUGGGAGCAUAUUUCUUUUCUCCAGAUCAUUUUCCAUCAUUCACUGAAUUUGUGAGGAGCCUUAAUCAACCGGAACUGCACUCUGAUGAUCUACCAAUUGCCGGAGAAGAAGAAGGCACUCAAUCUAUGAUUACGAGCCAAGAAUCAAGCGUUAGCAUGCAAGCAGCCUAA